AUUGCCUUAAUGUAAAAACAAUUCUAACACCACGCUGUGGUACGUUAAUAAAUGCUCUGAUGUCACGUCCUGUUUUUCCGGAUACAUUAAAAUUCUGUCGACGAUCUGAGUGCUACAUAUUUCAGAAGAAAAUAUGUGCACAAAACACGGACAAAAUAAAUAACGGAUUCGACAUAUGUUGCUAUUGUUGAAGAUUUGAGUAAAGUAUGAACUAUCUAAUUGCAUCGUUCUCAAAUGAUACAAUUUUAAGGACAAACGAGUCGGAUACUAUUCGCCAAUACCACGAAUACAAAAUAACAAGAUGUAUUUGGAUUAUAAUUCCACCAAUUUUGUUAUUUCUUGGAAGCAUAGGUAAUUGUUUAACUAUAAUCGUAUACACAAAAUCGUCAUUGAAGACAACCGCUAUGGCUGUGUACCUGACGGCCCUUGCUGUGUCAGAUAUAAUCGCAUUAUACACGGGCUUCUUCACGGAAUGGUUGACCAUAGCAUUUGAUUCUAACAUCAAAAACUAUAAAUCUAUCGGAUGUAAAAUUCACUCCUGGUUUUUGUUUACAUCAGUUCAGUUUUCGGCAUGGGUUAUUACAAUAAUAACUGUGGAAAGAGUUAUAUGUGUUUGGUUUCCUUUUCGAGCGCGGCGAGUUGAAUCUAAAAGAUGUGCUAAAAUAGUUGUCGCUUGCCUUUGUGUUAUGUUGAUGAUAUUAAAUUCUCACGCUCUCUAUGGAAUGGUGCAUAUAUUUGACAUGGAACCGAUUUUCCCGUCAUGUGCGGCUUUAAGUGAGGACUAUCAUUACUUCUUUCAGAACAUUUGGCCAUUCAUUGACUCAACGGUAUACUGUUUUGUUCCAUGUUCAUUGAUCAUAAUUGGAAACUCGCUUAUUCUUUAUAAACUGAAACAGAAAAUUCCACACUUUCCUACAUCUGAAUUGGAACAUUGCGACUUCAGAAGAAAUUUAAAAGUUGCCCGAGAACGGAAGUCAUUGUUUCCGCUUAUAUUUUGUCUAAACACCGUUUUUGUUCUGACUACAGCACCAAUUAGUAUUUAUCAAGUGGCUCUAAACUUUACUCAUGUUUUUGACAUUGAGAUACAUUCUGUGAAGUAUAAUCACCGGUUUCUUUGCUGGACAAUACUUUUAAUGGUCAUGUUCUUAAACCAUUCCAUUAACUGUUUACUUUACUGUUUUACAGGAGCAAAAUUUAGACGUGAAAUAGUGUUGAUAUUUUGUAAUAAGUAUAUAACGUCAUUGAGGCGUCAUCGAUAGCAGAACGAAUUAACAUAGAUAGGAUGGGCACGCAGGAUUCUACGGCAAAAUCUUUCUCCGACUUGCAAGUUCUUAAAACAUUUUACCCAGGAGGACAACUUAUUUCAUUCUACUUAAUAAAUACUACAUUGUUUAACUGAAAUGCGAGAAAAAUGAUAUCAAAAAAUGUUUUCUAUAAAACUGUGUAGAAAACAGUUUUGUAAGACCAAUAUAAAAUUGAAUGCUUGCGUCCUGAUAAGUAAACCAAAUUUUCUGUGAAAUGUUACUGAUUGCUUGCGAAUUGUGUGAAUGUAUUUUAUUUUGUUAUAAUGUGACUCAUUUUAUUAAAAAGGUAUAUAUGUGAACAGGA